GUGGUAACAUUAGUUUUUGAUUUGUGGCUGUGGGUGAAGAUCGAACGAAAGAAUAAAUAAUUUGUUCCAAGUAUUUAUACAGUAACAAAUUAUUUUAAAACAGUUUAUAAGAUAAUUCAUACAUUAUGAUUACUCUACUGCCUUGACCCCAAGUACUGUGAAUAUAGCAUAAUACUUUGUGAGUUAUUUUGGUAAUCGGUGACAUUUCAGUGAAGUGCCUAAUUUGAUCAUGGAGGCUAUAGCAAAACACGAUUUCACUGCUACCGCUGAUGAUGAACUGAGUUUUAGGAAAAACCAGGUCCUAAAAAUACUAAAUAUGGAGGAAGACAUGAAUUGGUACAGGGCUGAAUUAGACGGCAGAGAAGGACUAAUACCUAGCAACUAUAUUCAAAUGAAAAACCACAGUUGGUAUUAUGGAAGGAUCACGAGAGCGGAUGCUGAGAGACUAUUAGCAAAUAAGCCUGAAGGUGGAUUUCUUAUAAGGAUCAGUGAAUCAAGCCCUGGAGACUUCUCCUUAUCUGUCAAAUGUCCGGACGGCGUCCAACACUUCAAAGUGCUGCGCGACGCGUCGAGCAAAUUCUUCCUCUGGGUGGUGAAGUUCAACUCCCUCAACGAACUCGUGGACUACCAUCGCACGGCGUCCGUCAGCCGUCUACAGGACGUCAAGCUCAAAGAUGUCGUGCCAGAAGAGACGUUGGUGCAAGCGCUAUACGACUUCACCCCGCAGGAAGCCGGCGAGCUCGAGUUCCGACGCGGUGACGUCAUCACCGUCACGGACCGCUCCGACCAGCACUGGUGGCAGGGGGAGAUCGCGCACCGCCGCGGCCUGUUCCCCGCCUCGUACGUGACCGCUUACCACUCAUAGUGCACCCCCGGCCCGCCCGUACCGUGACACCACCACCGGUAAUACUACUUCCACCAUGCGUUCGCUUACCGUUACUGAUCGU